AUGAGUCUUAUUGAAUUACAAGGAAAUAAAAAUAGUGGAUUAUCAGUUUUACGUAAAUUUAGAUCAUUACGUGUACUUAAACUUGUCAGAUUUAUGCCAACACUUAGACGACAAUUGGUAAUCAACCUUUUCUUUUUUUUGUUGUUCUCUUUUAUUUUAUUUUUUUCAUGCGAAUUACUUAUCAAUUCUUUGAUAACUAUCUUUAAUAGAAAUGUUAUAUUCAACUAAUCGAUUCUAUUUUAUUUUUUGUUUUAACUCUUAUCACAUCCGACAGGUAUCUGAUUUGAGUAUACUUAUUUCCAUCUUGAUGAUAACUUAUUGAAUAACUAUAUUCAAUAAUUUUGAAAGAAUUUUCUAAAUGUUUAAAAGUAUAUAAAAGACAGAAAAUGAUUGUUUAAGAAAGGAUUUUCAUAUAUAAAUUUAUGUUAAUCUCAACUUUAGAAAAAGUUUC